UAAGCAGCCAUGCAUUCGUCUUCUGGUCUGUUAGAUUUAACGGAGAUUUAGCAGAUUUGUAACAGUAAAAAUAGGGUUUGUUUAAUGUAUUUAUUGACCAUGUAGUUGACUGUUUGGAAGCAAAUAUCUUCAGUGAACAGUCAGAGAUGAUAAAGACUGAGGACAAGGAGUAUUCCCUGACAGAAACUACAUAAGGAUUAAAGUACUGUAAAAAGAAAAUGGACCAAUCAAUUGUUAGUGAUAAAACAGAUGAUUUCUCUGAAGUUCCCUUUAUUCAGGCUGCGGUACAUCACUUCCAGCCAAACUACACUGCUCAGAGUGGUGGCAACGUGGUCGCUCCUUCCAUAAUUGGUUCAAAUGUUGGCAACAUAAACAUCAAUAUCUUCUCAGCAACGCAAGAGUGUAAAGAGGACCUCAACAAUGACCAUACAGACAGCUGUGGUGCUCUGCCGCCUGAAAUUGACAAGGUUGCAGAAUGUCAACAAAACCUGAAAGCCACUCUGAGGAGGAAGUUCAGCCACAUUCUCGAGGGGCUGGCGACAGAAACAAACAAAAUCUCUCUCAAUAACAUCUACACAGAGCUCUACGUCACCGAGGGAGGAAGCGGCGAAGUCAACAAGGAGCAUGAGGUGAGACAAAUCGAGACGACACCCAGGAUCCAUGUGGGCCAGGAAAAAUCGAUCCACUGCAAUCACCUGUUCGCUCCUCUGCCUGAACGUGGCUGUGACAUAAGGACUGUGGUCACACGGGGAGUUGCUGGCAUUGGAAAAACUGUUUUGACGAAUAAAUUCACUCUGGACUGGGCGGAGGAGAGAGCAAAUAAAAACCUAGAAUUUGUAUUUCCACUUUCGUUCCGAGAGCUGAACUUGAUGAAGAAGAAAAACUUCAGUCUGGUGGAGCUUCUCGUUGUGCUUUUCCCUGAAAUAAAAGACAUAGAAAUUUUCACUAAUGUGAAAAAAAACGUGCUGUUCAUCCUCGAUGGCCUGGAUGAGAGUCGCCUCUCUCUGGACUUCAACAAAUGUGAAAUACUGUCAGAUGUGACUCAAACUACCACAAUUGCCGUGUUAAUGACCAACCUCAUUAGGGGCAGAUUGCUCCCUAUGGCUCUCGUGUGGAUCACAUCACGCCCUGUAGCUUCCAGUCAGAUCCCAGCGAACUGCGUUGAUCUAGUGACUGAAGUUCGAGGUUUCAACAACCUGCAAAAAGAUGAAUACUUCAGGAGGAAAAUUAGUGAUGAGAACUUAGCAAACCAGGUGAUAGCACAUGUGAAAACCUGCAGGAGCCUUCACAUCAUGUGCCACAUACCAAUUUUCUGCUGGAUGGCAGCGACUGUUUUCGAGAAAAAUAUGGCUACAAAAGAGAGCAAAGACACACCAAAGACUCUCACUCAAAUGUACAUACACUUCUUGUCCUUGUGUGAGGAGGCAAUGAAGAAAAGGCUGACAGGAAGAAGAGAGUCAAAUGCUGACUGUGUGAGAGCUAAUCUCCUGGCUUUAGGAAAGCUGGCUUUCCAAGAACUCGAGAAAGGCCACCUGAUCUUCAAUGAAAGCGACCUCAAGCUGAAUGGUAUCGAUACUGAGCAGGCAUCCAUGUUCUCAGGAGUCUACACACAGAUCUUCCAUGAGGAGAUGACAGUGUGCAAGGAGAAGAUGUUUUGCUUCGUGCAUCUGAGUGUUCAGGAAUUCUUUGCAGCGUUGUACGUCUUCCUCACGUUCCACAACGACAACGUCAAUGUCCUGGUGAAGUUGUCCGCGUCACGACGCUUUCUAUCCAGAUCAUCUGAGCUCAUUCUCUACAAAGAAGCAGUAGAAAAGGCUUUGCGGAGUGAGAAAGGAGAUUUUGACAUGUUUCUACGCUUCCUUUUGGGGCUGUCCCUGGAGUCCAAUCAGACUCUGCUGAAACAUCUAAUGAUCAACAACAGAACACAACAAAAGACAAGAACUGAAAUCGUUAAACACAUAAAGGAGAAGAUCAGGUCCAGUCCAUCACCAGACAGGUGCCUCAAUCUCUUCCACUGUCUGAAUGAGCUGAAUGACCACUCCCUCGUGGAGGAAAUUCAGAGCUACCUCAGCUCAGGCAGCCUUAACAGAGCCAAUCUUUCACCCGCCCAGUGGGCCACACUAGUUUUUGUAUUACUGACAUCAGAAGAAGAGCAAAGUGUGUUUGAACUGGGCAACUACACCAGGUCAGAGGAGGGUCUUCUCAGGCUGCUACCUGUCGUGAAAACAGCCCAAGUAGCAAAUCUGAAUGCAUGCAACCUUACUUUGGCCUGCUGUGAGAACCUGGCGAAUGCCAUCAGUUCAUCCCAACUUAGAGAACUGGACUUGAGUGACAACAAUCUGACAGAUGCAGGACUAAUGAAGCUCUCCAGUGGGUUGAGGAACAGCAAAGUGGAGACACUCAGACUGAAGAGCUGUAACCUAACAGAGCACAGCUCCAAUGACCUGGCAUCAUUUGUCAGCUCUGCCUCUUGCCUGCUAAAACUACUGGACCUGAGUGACAAUGAGUUUCAUGAUUUAGGAGUUAAAAGAUUUUCUGAUGGACUGAGGAGCUCUGACUGUAAACUGGAAACCCUCAAUUUGUCCCUGUGCGGAGUGGGAGAAGAGGGCUGCAUUUUCUUGGCAUCUGCUUUAAACUCAUGCCACCUGAGAGAGCUGGACAUGAGCUACAACCACCCAGGGAACUCAGGGUUGAAUCUUCUAACGGCUCUGAAAGAGGACCCACAAUGCACACUGGUGAAACUCAGCGUAGACCAGUGUGGUGAGUUCCGGAUUCAGCCAGGUCCAAAGAAAUAUACCAUCAAACUCACCCUGGACCCAAACACAGCACAUAAAGAUCUUUCUCUAUCCGAGGAAAACAGGAAAGCAACACGCUGGACCAAGCAGCCAUAUCCAGACCAUCCAGAAAGGUUUGAUUAUUGGACUCAGGUAUUGUGUAGAGAAGGGCUCAAAGGACGCUACUACUGGGAGACAGAGUGGACCGGGAGAGUGUUCAUAGGAGUAGCCUACAGACGAAUAUCCAGGAAGGGAGAGACUGAUGACUGCUGGUUAGGUCGAAAUAACUCCUCCUGGGGCUUGAACUGCAACAAAGAUGGAUACAAAGCCUUGCACAAAGGCACGAGCAUUCCUAUAACCACCAAACCCAACUCCAACAAAGUAGGAGUAUUCCUGGACUGGUCAGCAGGGACGCUCUCCUUUUACAUGCUCUCCUGUGGUUCCCUUAAACCCCUCCACACCUUCCACACCACCUUCGAUAAGCCUGUUUACCCCGGGUUUCACCUUGCCUGGGUGGACUCAAAGGUUUAUUUGUGCUAAGUAUUGCCGAUCUGCUUUUCUGAUCUGGAGACACCUGAGAAUUCUGUUUCAUCUAUAAUGCUGGACUUCUGAGCCUGAUCCCCAUAAUGUGAUAAAGGAGCUGCAGCUAAUUUCUACAUCAGGAUUCUUUUUGGUGGCUUUUAGCCAUAUUGGCUCUGUAUGGAAGUAUUUCUGAUCUCAAUGACAAUGAGUGACAAUGAUACUAGUGAUGUGAGCUUUUCAGAUAACACCACACUGUGUGGUCUUAAAGGAACAAAACAAGGCUGACUGUGAUCAUUUAGCCUGCUGUGAAGGUGCUUCUUAUUCACUGUGAUGUUUAUUUAGAUGAGAAACACGUUUAAAAAUUUACUUAACAGAAAAACUGAACUUCAGUCUCUUUAGAGCAGGCGUCUCAAACUUAAAUGAGCUGUGGGCCACUGCUGGCACUGCCAUCUGAUGUGAGGGUCACUUUACCACAAAAACAAAACACCAAACAAACAAGAAAACACACAUAAAUAUUUCCAAAAAUGUUUUGUUUUGAUUUUUGUUUUAAAUUUCAAAUAUUGUAUAACAAGAUAAAACUGCAAACAUGAAUGCAAUUUUUUUUCUCACUCUUAAUUGACUGAAUCUUUGAUUGAACUACCAAAUAAACGAAUUGGUCCUCUCUAUCUGGCCAGACACGUGGCAGCACUUCUGCUAUAAUUCUGUUCUUAUUUAACAAAAUACAUGCAGACAUUAGUUUUUGACUGCUUGUGGAAAUUGUUUUCUUUACAAAUAACUCUCUCACUGAACUAACACAGCCAAUCCCUCAACAUGUUUGUACUCUCGGCUCAUAUUGACUUCAUAUUAAAUAAAGAACUUAUUUAAAUUGCACUGAACAACAAACAAAUCCUCCCUACCCAAAAAAGUAACUUGAAAGGCCAAAUUGCAUUAUAUUUCAUCAUGUCAAUAUACAAGUAGGGAUGAUGUGGGCCGUGAGUUUGAGACCCCUGCUUUAGAGUAUCUUUUAAUGUUGAACAAGCAAGUAGUAGAUCUUCCAACAUCUGAAAACUUAUGAGGCAACCAAACUCUGAAGCACACUUUAUCAUUUGUUUCUGUGCAAAUGGGACCAUUUAUAACAAAAUAAUCAUCUUGUGUUGAAAAGGACAAGAGCAUUGAGUCCAGAAAGUUAUUAGGAAACUAUUUAGUGAGGUCACCAGAGGACUGUCCCCCUGCUGGCUACUGAAAAAAAUGCAGGCUCCCUACACUGUUUUGCUGGCUUCAUUUUCUAUAACCAGUAUCUACAGUCAUAAAUCUUUGAAGGAGUACUAGGGACAUAUUAAGAAAAAAGUUAUUGAUCAUUUUGAGAAAAAUUUUGAAAUUUCUAGAUUAAAAUCAAUAAUCGAUUUUGAGAAAAAGUCAAAAUGUGCAAAAUCUGAACAUUAAAGUUGUUUCAAGACAGACUAUCAAAAUCUGCCACAGCCUCCGAAAAACGCCUUGUGUAGAUAAGUUAGUGAAAAAAAUUGAUCAGUCAUCCUGUAGUAUGUUGUGCUACAACAUACACUGUCUUUUUUAACCAUCAGUAUCAUUGCAUCUGUCCAUUUCCAGUCAUUUCAUUUUGUACAAAUCUAACUGUGUGAUCUUUUCAACGUCCUUAUACUUAUUACCACACUGUGUUUAUGACCUAAAAGCAUUCAGGCUGUUGCUGCAACCUCACCAGCAAUCCAGGCCUCAGCCAGUGUUGUACUCUUCCACUGACUUACUGGUACUGCACGCAGUCCAUGUGCUACUUCACCAUCAGGCCAUUUAAAGUGUAUGGCCACAAAAUUAUCUCAACCUAAUAUAACUAUCACUAGAUGUAUGACUCUUAACACAGCUGCCUUACUACCUGUAUCUACGGAUGGAGAACCUCCUCACUGCCUAGAGCAGAGUUGUUAGACACCCCAUUAGAAGAUGUGUAAUUAAAAAAAAAAAAAGGUUUGGGAGUGUGUGAUAGCCCACACACCCCCAAACCAUUAUUCUGCCCAAGCUGCAGAAUUAGUGAUGUUAACUGAAGCCUGUAAAUGGGCAAAAGAUAAAGCAAUAACAACAUAAACAGUCAAGUUGAUACAGCUGCAAAAACAGCUGCACAGGAAGGCAUACCUUUGACCUUCACUAUGUUACGUGAUACUUUUGAAACCACAUUACAUCAGGAUGUCUGACAAGAUAUGGAAAACAGUGCACCUACACCCGAGAAAGACUAAAAACAGAGCAAUAGAAAAUACAGAGGGACUUCUAACACGACCAAAUAGAAAACCAAUCCUAGCUAACACUUUAUAUAGAUACAACACUCCAAUAUUGCCUCAACAGGAGGGAUGGUAUUUAUAACAGUGUUUACUACAUAUGGAUUUAGUAACUACUCAGGAAAAAAUGUGCAAGGUGUGAAAUAUGCAUACAACUACUCUUCAUGGAUUCAACACAUUCACAUGGAUUAUAUAGAAAUAAAGCUGUGUAAAGAAAUGAAAUAUUGCCUAGUAACGAUUGACCCUUAUUCUAAAUGGGUGGAGGCUUUUCCCUGUGCUAAACUGGACUCAUACACACCCCAAUAAAAAAAAAUAAUUCCCAGAUUUGGAAUCCCAGAAACACUAUACAGAGAUAAAGGCAAGGAUUUUGUUAAUGAAGUAAUAAAUAGACAAGCUCAAAAUUUAAGACUAAACUUAAAAAUCACUGCACAUAAUUAGAUUUUCCAUUUUUAUUCUGACACAUAUCUAAGACAAAACACAUAACCGAUUUUUAAAAAUGUACUUAUACACAAAGGAUGUGUUCGGUCUUAUACAACUAUAUAUGUGUGUGUGUGUAUGUAUAUAACGAUUAUUGACUCCAAACUAGUCUCAAACUGUGAAGCUGGGUGCAAAAAAGGGCACCAACAUCUGUCAUGCUUGAAGAAGUGCUCGUUUCCACAUCAAUAAAACCAUU